AUGUCAAUCGAAAAUGAAAUCAAACAAUUAUUAGAAGAAGAAUUAAAACCAAUUGUUUUAGAAAUAAUAAACGAAAGUUAUAUGCAUAAUGUACCAAAAGGUAGCGAAUCACAUUUUAAAGUUAAAAUAGUUAGCGAAAAAUUCGAAGGUUUAACUAUGAUCGAACAACAUCGUUUAGUAAAUACAAUUUUAACAAAUUAUAUAGGUAAUUCUAAAAUCCAUGCUUUAUCGAUAACAUCAAGAACACCAACUCAAUGGAAAAAACAACAAGAAAAAACAGAACCAUCACCAUCAUGUCGUGGUGGUUUUGGUAAAUAA